CGUUGGUUCGGUUCAGGCAGGAGGAGCGAGAUUGGUAAGGGUUCGGCAGCUAACUUGAGUCCUCCACACAGACAACAUCAUUAAAUCUACAGCUGCUUCUUUGCAACUCCGUGCAGGAAAAGUCGAUCUAGAAAAGGGAAGCUUGUAGCUCCACCUGUCACCCGCCCUGUUUCCCGCAAAGGGAAGUAUUGAUCUACAGUCUAUGGUAUUGAUUGAAAGGCUCUUGGAUUAGCUAACUGCUUGUUAGCUAGCAUGCUGCUGUGUCAACACACCAGACAACUCCUCUCGGAUUAAUUAGUUGUAGUCAUGACCGAGUUAAGGUGUCGUACAGCAAAGACUCUGGAGGGAGAUAAAGAAGAGGAUGAGCGCCAACAUGAGCCUGAUGUGCAGACAACACAUGUUAAUGGCCCGGUGAACAGAGAGGAUGAGGGGACUGUGUCCACUGGUGAAGCAGAUGACAAGCAGAGGAAAGAUGAGGAACCUCAACACAAACAGGAAGAAUCAAAAAGACCUGAAAUAUCUAUCAAAAGAUCCAAGAGCUCUUCUGCAUCUGUCUUUUUGCAGCGCCUGGUGAGGGUGUUCUUUGGAUGUCUGGCAGCAGUUGCCUGUGGCAUGCUUUAUGCUGUGUAUCUGUCUACAUAUCAUGACAGGAAGUUCUGGUUUUCGACUAGACAGGAGCUGGAGCGUGAAAUCACCUUCCAAGGAGGCAGUGGGCUCUAUUACUACUAUUACAAGCACAUGCUGACAGUACCAUCUUUUGAAAGAGGGUUUUAUGAGCUGACGUUAGAUAACAGGACUGUUUCAGGUCAGACUGUCAACGUAGUGGAACAUUUGUCUCUCUAUCCAGAGCUCAUCACUAGCUUCAUAUACAGAGUCACAGGCAGCCAGGAUUUUGUGGAGCCGAUCUACUUUUAUAUUGGAGCGGUAUUCGGCCUCCAGGCAAUCUAUGUCACUGCCCUGUUUGUGUGUAGCUGGGUGAUGAGCGGCACCUGGGUGGCUGGCAUGUUGGCUGUGGCCUGGUAUGUUAUUAACAGACCAGAUACAACCAAAGUAGACCAUGCCAUCCCUCUGCGGGACAACUGGGCUCUUCCUUACUUCUCUUGCCAGGUUGCAGCUUUGACUGGAUUCCUGAGUAAUAACAUAAACUCUGCCACUGAGAUGUUUUGCUAUCUUACCAUGAGUGCCACCACAUUCACCUUCCUCCUGGUUUGGGAACACAGUCACUACGUGCUCUUCAUCCAAGGCCUCUGUCUUUUCUUGCUUGACUCUUUCGACCUGGUGCCACCACGUAAGAUGGCUGACAUUCACAAGGUGUACCUCAGCUCCUUGUUCCUGGCUUACUUGUUCCAGUUUCAGAACCCGACCUUGCUCAGCUCGCCUCUGCUCAGCCUUCUGAUUGGCUCAGUACUCGCGAGGUACUUCCAGCAAAAGAUGAAGAUGGGGCCUCUUGUGGCCAGAGUAAUGAAGCUCUUCCUACAUUUCCACCUAGUCUUUACCACAACGAUCACCUUUAGUUAUUUGGUCAAGAAACUUGUACCUGUAAGUGACAGUGACUACAUAUUGAAAUUCCUUGAAUUAAAAUUCGGACUCAACACAACAACAGACUUUGUCACCAACUUCCUCCUGUGCCAAGAGAGUUUACAGACACCCAGUCAGGACUUAUUUCUACGACUGACACAGGCCUCGGUCCUUCCCUUUUACUUCCUGGUACUGGCUGUCUGCCUGCUGUCCACCCUGCAGACCAUUUACAGAAGACUCAGUGGUCAGCCAAUGAAAACCAACCUCAGACUUGAAGAUGGACGAAUAGGAGAGCAGCCAGAGGUCAUCUAUCAUGUUUUUCACACAUUGCUUUUUGGAGGCUUGGCUCUGCUGUUUGAUGGGAUGAAAUAUUUGUGGACCCCGUACGUCUGCAUGUUUACGGCGUUCGGUGUAUGUUCUCCAGAACUCUGGAUGACUGUAUUUAAGUGGCUGAAACUAAAGUCCAUACACCCUGUAGUACUGUCUCUGAUCCUGAGCACAGCAGUUCCUACCAUCAUUUGUUUCAGCUUGUGGAGAGAGUACUGCCCUCGUGUCAUAGCAGAGUUGUCAGAUCUACAGGAGUUCUACGACCCAGACACAGUAGAGCUGAUCAGCUGGAUCAGGUCACAGGCUCCAGUGGCGGCUGUCUUUGCAGGCAGCCCUCAGCUGUUAGGAACAGUGAAGCUGUGUUCAGGUUCAGCUGUGACCAGCUUACCGCUUUACUCAGACAUCAACCUGCUGAGGAGGACUGAAGAUACUUACCAGGUGUAUGCAAUGAGAUCUGCAGAGGACAUCUAUAAGAUUCUGACCUCUCACAAGACAAACUAUGUGAUCAUCGAGGAGUCAAUUUGCAACGAGCUUAGUCUUAAUAAAGGCUGCAGGAUCAAAGACCUGCUCGACAUCGCCAAUGGACAUGUUGUUUAUGACAAAGGGGAGAUUUACUCUUUCUCCAAGCACGGAAGGUUCUGCCAAGAGAUAAAGAUGAACUACUCACCGUAUACAAACUACUUCACUCGAGUUUUCUGGAACCGCUCGUACCACGUCUACAAAGUGAACUCUGUCAUUUCCUUCCAGUACUGACAGGGGCCUCUGCCUCCCUGCUGAGACUUUACUGAACCUGGCUCUGCCCUUCAUCAGUAUUUCACAUCAUGUCCACAGUGUGACACAGAGGACUUAAACAUGUUUUUGCAGUGUGUGUGCUCAGAGAAAUGUCGAAUCACUGUUACCGGUGCAGCUGCAAAUUCAAAUCAACUUGGAUCAACAGAGCGCACUGUAGUGGAGUUUGCCUACACAUUGUGUGAUGAAAAUCAACACGAGAGAACCCUGUUGAAGUUGAAAUAUGCCAUAAUAAUCACUGUACUGUAGUUUUAUAAGCCAUGCGUUACUGUUAUUGUGAUGCUUUUAAUGAAGCGAGAGGUUAAUAUGUGAGAUCUGUGUGUUCAGAAGCCAAGAGCAGCGUAGAUUUUUUUUAAUGCUCAUUAUUUUGAGUCAACGGACAGUCCGUGCUAGCAUCAUGGCAGUGUCUGUUGUUAGUUGGUCUGUUGGUCCACCACUUUCGUUUCGACCAGAAAUAUCUGAACAACUGUUGGAAGAAUUACCAUUACAUUUAGUACAUAUAUGCCUAAUGGUGCCCAGAGGUUUAAUCUUGAAGAUUUUGGUGAUCCACUGAUUUUCCUUGUAGCUUCACCAGCAGGUCAAAGUUUUGACUCUUAAUCUGUGAAAUAUCUUAAAGCUGGGGUAAGCAAUUUAUUUCAGAAGUAUUUGUUAAAAUUCUCUUUACAUCCAGACACCAAUCAGAAAAUCAAAUGCUCUGGUCUUACAGGACUGUGAUAAGCACGGCCUACCUGCCUGUCUACCUGUGCGCGCUCUGCCCGUGCACUUCCUGAGGUUUGAAGGGAAGAGCUGGCUUAUGAUUCUUUGUCCAACGUUACCCUAGCUUUAACAUCUAUCAGACAGAUAGGCAAACCAUUUUAUACGAACAUUCAUGAUUUCCAAAGAUUAAGCUCAAUGCCUUUGGUGAUCCCCUGACUUUUCCUCUAGCACUCCCGUUGACAUUUUUGGCUCAAGAGUGAAAUGUCUUGACAAAUAUUAGCUGGAUUGCCAUGAAAUUUGUCCACUUGAGGAUGAAUUGUAAUCAAAUAUUUUCAAUUGGUCAUCCCUUAAAGGUGGGGUAUGUGAUUCUGGAAAAAUCCAAUACCAUUACAAAUUCCAUGAUAUAAAACGAGCAACAACACAACAGGUGUUGGAACUAACAUUGAUAUAUUGUGAGUUAGCAAAGUGUUGCUGAUGCAAAGCUAACAUGCAGAGACAAAAUUGUCCCAGAGCCAGCACAUCAGCUCCAGACAGCGAUACUCACAACUUUCCUGCGACUAUGGCUAACAUCACAACAACAGCAUGUCUCAGCCACCUAGAAAUUAAGCAGAAUGUCUGUGGGCAAGUAAUGUAACUUUACCUGACACACAAAUCAUGGCAGGAAUAGCGUUCUGUGGGGUUCAGUCCGAGCCACUUUGUUUGUUUCCCAUUUACAGAUCCAGGACUCUGUUAAAAACACCAAAUUUAUUUUCAGUGCGCACACACAACUGACUGCAAGACUAGAUUAGAAUUUCAUACCCGACCUUUAACGUUCUCAUUUACUUCAUUGCUUUGGUUUAUGAACAAAAACCUGCAUGACUAAUGCCAUUCCCAUCAGCCUUAGCUGUACUUGUUAUUUUGAAUUAAUUAGCAAAUCUUAGCAUGCUAUAACAUGCUAAACUAAGAUGGUAAACAUCUUGUAACUAAACAUUUGAAAGUUAACAUUUGCUUUGUGAGCAUGAAAGCAUGCUGAUGUUAGCAUUUAACACGAAGCACGACCUAAGUACAACUUCACAGAGCUGCUAGCAGGGCUGUAGAUUCUUGGUCUUGUUAUUUUUAUUCCCACUAAUCUGUGAAUAAUAAUUAUGCAGUUAUCUCAACAUAACAAACAUUGUUUUCUUUUGAUUUAUAUGGCUCACUAUCUUGGGAUAAUCAUGGUCUAUCCAACUUUUCUAAUCAUGGAGUCGGUCAUGUCUGCCUAAAAAGAAAAAGGUAUCUAGUAAUGCACCUAUGACUAACAUUAAUUAUCCUGAGAUAAUUGGAUAAUUAUGUCUUAAUAGUGAGAAGAACAAAUUAUAUUUGGAAUAAUGAUCUAAAUAAUGAUCAUUGACCAACCACAACACCAUAAUUUAUGUCAAGACAUUUUUUCUAUGAUCUGUUCACAAGAUAACAUUUUAUCUGAAGAAAAUGUGAUAAGAGUAAUUGAGACCUAAAACAAAUAUACUAGCAAACACAGCUGUUCUUGCUUUCUGCCACUUUCAGCUCUUGUUUCCUCACAAAAGUGCUUAUGCAGUUAAUGUAUAUGUGUUAUGUACUUGUAAAAGGUUGCUGCUUCUCAUAUGCUCAGCUUUAAUAGGGAAGAUGUGUCUUUGUAAGCUGCCUAUAGUGUGAUGUGUUCUGCAAAAGGGAAGCGAGGGUGAGCCGAUGUCUGCUGUUACAGAGGACAACCGUUAGGAGUUCAUUAAACGGAACUCCUGGCGACAGACGGUGAAUUUAUUUGAAUCUUAGCAGCGACACUGGAGGACAAGGAACUUGUGAAAUCAGAUAUGGCGUGUAGCGUUGCUUCAAACACCAUGAAUGAAGUAUCAGUAUUUAUGGACUGAUUGAUUGGUUUUAUUGUUCUCUAUUUUCCCAUUUUCACUAUGGUUUUGUUGUGGAGCAGUUCUGUAUAUUACACAUAAUAACACAGUGGUGCCUGUAAUGAUUAGAGGGGUUUUAUAUCUCAAUAUAGAUUGAACAACUCUUGACAACAGAAACAGUAUAUGUGAACAUUUAAGCUGACUUGUGAAGUUGCUCAUUUCUUGCUUUGUCUUCAUCCUCUUCAUCUGGAUGCCUUAUUUUGAGAUGUGGGGACUGGCUGACUUGUUAGCUCUUUGGCUACGUCUGAGACUGGCCAUUUCCCAUCCCCUGGGUGUUGAAGUAUUUGGUGGUAAAUUCCUUCUGGUGCUAUCAUGCAAGUCCCACCAAUAAGUUUCCCUCCGCAAAAGGCCAUGUAGUGAAUCUUAGGUUUUAUUGAAUUACUUAGGGAGAUUAAAAAGUGUAUGAGUUGGUGAAUAAAAAGCUAACCUCCACAGUA